AGAGAAGAACCCCAAAUUAUGAGACUUGGAGCUUAUAUAGAGCAUCUGGCACAUUGGCCCAUCUUUUCUCUCUCUCUCUCUCUCUCUCUCGACUUUUACUCUGGAACCUGACCUGAUCUUCUCUAAGGAAGGAGGGGAAGGAAGGAAGGAAAUCUCUCUGGAGCUGAUACACUGUCUCUAACUCCCAUGGCGUGUUGGCUCUUCAGUGGCCCUGAAACGAAGCUUGGUCAGUGCCCUUUCCUGGGAAGGCCCAGGCCAGGCAGAAACAUGAAAACAUUCAUGGAGAACUGUCUCCCAUCAGAGAGGAGAGUGUGUUCAUGAAACAAAAAUAAUAUGCUAUAAAUAAGAAAUCCUUGGAGAAUUAGAAAAUUUGUAAAUUAAAAACACUAAGGGAUAAAAAUUUGAAGGACCACAAUGAAGGGAUGGAAGAGAAAGAUGAGGCUAUCUUCUAGGAAUCAGACCAAAAUGGACAAAAAGCUGGAAAAUAAGAGAGAAAAGCCAUGAAAAUGAGAUGAAUACAUGAAUACAUGUUCAAUAUCCAACUAAUUAAGGAGUUCCAGGAAAUCAGAGGGGAAAAAAGGAAGAUGAAGAAGCAAUGAUCAAUGCAGCAAAGCCACUCCCAGAACUGGAGCAUGCAGUUCACAGUGAGAGUGUCUAGGGAGCUCCCAGCACAGUGGAUGAAGACACGCCAGCCCAGGUGCCACCGUCGAGGUGGGGCCUCCUGAGGUGAGGUUGUGAUGCAGGGACCAGGAGGGCUCGGGUGGAGCUCUCACACAGAAAUUAAAAUCAGGAUGGCCCUGGGCCGUGGGAAGGACACUUUCCUCCCCUCCUUCACAGCUCUGCCUCAUCAGAUUCUGUAUUUGGAAUACCCUGAAGAUCAUCUUCCCUCUCUCUCUAAUACUCUCUGGUUGCCAUGAUUCUCCUCCCCCUUCAUUCCUUAGGGGGAGCCCCAGGACCCCAAGCUUCUGCAUUUGCUUGGGCCUUUUCACCCGCUCUUGCCCACACCUCCUCUCAGAGUCAGUUCCUGAGCACUGAGCCAACCAGGACUAAGAAGAGCUCCUUAUCCCCACCCAUGGAGGGGCCCACCAUGCCUGCCUCCCAUCCCACGGUCAGGGAGAGCCCCACGUGACUGUCUGAGGCAAAAGUUUCCUGCCCUCAGGGGAAUGCUGUGUCAGUGCCCAGGCAAGCUCCAGAGCUGACAUCUCCCUGCCCAGCCAUGGGCUCCAACCUGCUCCUGCUGCUGCUCCUGGGACUAGCAGGCCAGGGUUUGGCUGGCAGCCUCCCUGAGUUGCUGCAGGUGCCUGUAGGGAGCUCCAUCCAGGUGCAGUGCCACUACCGACUCCAAGACAUCAAGGCUCGAAAGGUGUGGUGUCGCUUCCUGCGGGAGGGGUGCCAGCCCUUGGUGUCAUCAGCCGUGGAUCGCAGAGCCCCAGCCAGCAGCCGCGUAUUUCUCACUGACCUGGGUGGCGGCCUGCUCCAGGUGGAGAUGAUUUCCCUGCGGGAGGAGGAUGCUGGGGAGUAUGGCUGCCUGGUGGAGGGAAACUCAGGGCCCCAGACUGUGCACAGAGUCACUCUGAACGUGCACGCUGCAGCUCCUGGCCUGGAAAAGGAGGGAGAGAAGACCCAUCAUGUUGGGAGUCUGGCUGACAGCUCCUCUUCAAACCCUGUGGGCAGUGCCAACCCUCUGGAUCCCAGCCAGGAUGAGAAGAGCAGACCCUUGAUUUGGGGUGCUGUGCUCCUGGUGGGCCUGCUGGUGAUGGCAGCGGCGGUGCUGUUAGCUGUAAUGGCCAAAAAGAAAGGGAACAGGCUUGGACAAUUUCAGAGCAAUGGAGUCCCAGGCACAGCACCCUCCUCGGCGGUCCACCACAUCAGUGACUCUGGACCAGCUGCUGAUCUGCCAUUGGAUGUACCAUACGUUAGGCUCGACUCGCCACCUUCCUUCGACAAUACGACCUACAGCAACCUUCCUCUUGAUCCUCUGCCAGGAAAACCCCCAACCCCAGUCCAAUCCUCUUUGCCCCCUCUGCCUCCUAAGGCUGUGACAUAUGCCACAGUCGUCUUCCCUGGAGGGGACAAAAGUGGAGGAGCCUCCUGUGAGCCAGCCCAAGAUCCACCUAAUAGCCAGACUCCACCCAGCUAAGCUGUUCAUCUUCCUGUAAACUCAGAGAUCAUCUCUACGGUUCUGAGUAGCCAUCCAUGCAGCCCAUGCCCUCAAUCCCUAGGGUGUCAGAGCAACUAGGGACUUCAGGAUCUGAUCUAAUGUCUUGACUUUUCUGACCUGGAAAGUGAUACUUAGAUACGAUUGAGGUGUCUUGGGAAGCCCCCAUGCUAGUUCCUCUGCCUUUAAACCACUGUGAUAAAUAAACUCUAAGUGAUAAUA